CAUUUUCUCACCACUUACCUAAUUUUCACAACUUAUUGCUAUUCUGAGGAGAACAAAAUAUGGGUGUUAAAGGAAAGUUGAUUGCUUCAAUGCAGGUGAAGUGUGAAGGGCACUCUGUUUAUGAUAUUUUUCACGUUAAUACUCAUCUUAUACCCAACAUAAGCCCUGGUAAAUUCAAUAAUUUUGAGAUUCAUGAAGGUGAAAUCGGAAAGGUAGGUUUGUUUGCUAGCAAGAAAUAUAACGAAGAUGGAAGAGAGAAGUUUAUGGAGCAUAGAAUUGAAGCCACCGAUCCUCAGAAGAAAUCAGGCACUUGGAAAGUAAUUGAAGGAGAUUUAUUAGAAUUAUAUAAUUCAUUUACUAUUAGCAUAUCUAUUGAAGACCAGUGGACUACAUGGACAUUUGUGUACGAGAAGAAAACUGAAGAUACUCCUGAGCCCCUAGCUUUCAUAGGUGUACUCCUUGAUAUCACGAAAGAUGUAGAGGGUCACCUUCUCAAGAAAUAGAAGACAUAUAUAUAUAUAUAUAUAUAUAUAUAUAUAUAUAUAUAU